CAAGCUUCCUCGAAUCAAAGAGGCGAAUCGCCAGAUCGCCACCACCACCAAGUCGAACUCGAAUCAUGUCGUAUGACUCGUAUCCUGCCGCCGCCGCCGCCGGCUGCCCUCCCUCCUUCGCGUGGGAGGGGCCGCGGUCUCCCGUGCCUGCCGAUCCUUUCGCGCCGGAGUACUUCGACGUGCUCGCCGGGUACUACGUCGAGGCCGCCCGCCGCCUCCCCAUCGCGCAGAUCCCCUACCUCGCCUGCUGCAUCAAAGAUCGCGGCCUCGCCGUCCGCCUCGCCGACCCCGUCACCAACAUCCUCCUCACCACCAUCGACGCCUUCGCCCACGGCAAGCCCUACAUGAUCCGUCAGGUGGACCACGCAACGAUAGAGCAAACCAGGAACAAGACCACCUUCGCCGACGGCGCUCGCACCUCCUGGAUGGCUCUAAGCUGGUUCAUGGUCACCUAUUUUCGGCACCUCACCGGGCCUCUAGCCGACCUUAUACUCCACAAAGCCGGCUAUGACCUCCGUGUUGCCAUCCAAACCGUUCAGGUCCAUGUUGGUGGCGACCCUAAUUGUCCCGAGCUGCUCGUCCCGGAUUCUACUAGGACCAAGACAGCACUUGCGGCGGCGACUUACCCACGGUGUGCUGCGCCCCAAUUCUUGCGUCUAAUGACAUCGAGUUACCAUCGUUUCCUGGUCGAGCCUGUCCUAGAAGAUCUGCGCCGAGAGGGGGAGCUUACCGCCGACUGCGUCUACAAGGUCUGUGAAAUGCUGCGCCAUCCAUGGUCGCCGCCGCCGUCAUGGCCCCCUCCUCCUACUCCCGGUAUUUUUCGGGACCAUCGGAGAGGUGAUUUCGCCACAACUCACAUCUCAAAGGAUCGUGUCGCCACAACCACUUUCACCUCAUCUCGUCCCAUUUAUGCCGAUCUCUCAGAAAACGCAACCAACCUGUUAAACAUGUUCCCUAUCCACCAUGGGAAACUAAUGAGCCAUAGAGAGCCCUGCUCGGAGACCUUGGAGAGCCCUGAUUUCCUGCCGUUUCUCAAGUUACAACUCCUUGAUAUCAUCCAUGGGGUUUAUCUCAAGGCUAUUGCUAUGCUACCGGUUCAUGCUCUACGUGACGGCCACCUGCUCCACUCGCUGGUAACAGCCGGUCACUGCUAUGGACCGUUGGAUCCUGUGUCCAAUAUUGUCAUCAACACAAUCUGGUAUGAUGCUGUCUUCCCGCUCUCCAAGGAUGUCACAUUCAAGGUUGGCGAAGCGGAUAUUCUCGACACCGACUCCAUGCACCGUGUUGAAUCCCGUUCAAUCGACGGCCUGGUUUCCUACCUCUGCAGAUCCCCCUCAACAAAUGAGCGAGAUGCCGUGACACUGCUCUGCAGAAAUCGCUUGGACCUACCAAUAUUGGACCUAUCCAAUAUGUGUGAUGUGGCACUGGCCGCGAAACACCCCCAGCCUGCUGCCUUUGGGGCAUUCCUCGAACGCGUGUCCAUUCGACAAUUAUACGACAUGUACUGCCUUUCUAGGGCCCAUGGAAAUCCAGAUUCUGCUUUUGAGGGGCUCAAGAUGGCUCUACUCCAGGAAACAACCCGUGUUGCAGCACCAGUGCAACGACGAUGUGCUCAUGAUAUGGACAAAUCAACUGCUUUCGAGCGAUUAAACAGCAUGCCAAGCCAAAAAACAGCAUUGGCAUCACUGUCCGAAAAGAGGCUUUCAUUCAGGUCUCGGCAAGCUAAUUUUCGCAGAGUGUUGGAACUUGUAUUGAUUGAAUAUGGCUACAGUGAUCCCCUGGGACCACUAUACAAGCUCGGUGUCAUCUGUGGAGUGACGAGAAAAAGAAACUAUAGCCACACGGAUGUUUACCAUGCCAAUUUUGUGGCUAGCUCAGAUGGUGGAUCAUCAUGGAAGUUGUUCUUCGCUGAAUUCUGGAACCUACCAGAUGAGAGACUUGAAGAAUCAAAAAAGCCUUUCUGUUGUCCCAUACCGGAUUACCACGAAUAUCCCGGUCGCUGUGUUGUUUGCGAGUAUGAUUCGAGUAUCAUCUUGCAUCCACAAUCGCGAAAGUAUUACAUGGGCAACUCCACACUUGCAUUUCCGGCACCCGGCCACCGCGGGGGUGAUAGAAGUGGGCAAUUGGACUUUGACUUAAUUUACUUAAGUCUAUAGAAGGUGGAGGAGGAGUAUGUGGUGGACUUGUGCUAUGUUGUAUUUUAUAUUAAGUACUCUUGUGCCGUUAGAAGUUGGUUAAACAUAUUGUGGUCAGGUGGGCGCGUGUGCAUUUCCUACAGUUAGCAUUAGCUCCCUUGCCUACGGUCAGCUAGCUAAACCAACCGGGUAGAUGCUCAGAUAGUGGUAUGAUCAUGUGGAUCAAUCUCUCACUUAAUUGUAUAUGUAUGUGGAUCGAUCUGUUGGUACUAUUUUGAAAAAUCUAAUGGAAAAUUAUAAGGACUUAUAUAUCUGAUUUUAACUGGUUAUUAAGAAUUAUAGUUCGGCCGUGUCUGUCCUGCUGAACGACAGUUCAGGAUUAUAUACUAGCUCAAUUGAAUUUUGUCUCUCGAUCGACCCCCAAUUGAUCUUUCUCAAGAAAAUCGAUCGAUGGGUUAGCUAGCUAGCAACAUAAAUUAACACAAGUGGUGAGUUAGAUAGCUAGUCGA